AUGGCUAUCAAGACUGAUAUGAGCAAGGCUUAUGACAGGGUAGAAUGGGAGUUUGUAGAGAAGUUACUCCGUAAAUUUGGAUUCUCGGAGCAAUGGAUCUCCUGGAUAAUGUUUUGUAUAUCUUCGGUGGAAUAUAGGGUUCUGAUCAAUGGACAACCUCAGGGCUCUAUUACUCCAGGGAGAGGUUUAAGGCAGGGUGACCCGUUGUCACCUUACAUAUUUAUCCUUUACACAGAGGUUUUAAUUGCAAACAUAAGAAAAGCGGAAGGGGCGAAAAAGUUAUCUGGUAUUAAGGUGGCAAACAAGAGUCCGCCAAUAUCUCAUCUGCUAUUUGCCGAUGAUAGUCUUUUCUUUUGUAAGGCUUACAGGGAGCAAUGUCUGGUUAUUUUGGAUAUUCUAAAGAGAUAUGAGGCGGCUUCAGGUCAACAGAUAAAUUUUGUCAAGUCAUCGAUACAAUUUGGUCAUAAGGUGGGAGAGAAUAUAAAGUCGGAGAUGCAGGAGAUUCUUGGAAUUACAACGUUGGGAGGAAUGGGUUCUUACCUAGGGUUACCUGAAAGUCUUGGUGGGUCGAAGACCAAGGUUUUCUCAUUUAUACAAGACCGGUUACACAAUCAUAUUAACGGGUGGUCGGCAAAAUUACUCUGUAAGGGUGGAAAGGAGGUGAUGAUAAAGGCUGUGGCAUCAGCAUUACCUACAUAUGUGAUGUCUUGCUUCCGGUUACCAAAGACGAUUACAACUAAAUUAACAAGUGCAAUUGCAAACUUUUGGUGGGGUACAAAUGGUAAUUCUGGGGGAAUGCACUGGUGGGCUUGGGCAAAGUUAUGUAAUAGUAAACAGUUAGGGGGACUGGGAUUCAGGGAUGUCCAGGAUUUUAAUACAGCCCUUUUGGCUAAACAGUUGUGGAGACUUAUGGAAGCUCCGGAUUCACUUUUUGCAAAGGUUUUUAAGAGUCGGUACUAUCGGAAUUCAGAUCCGAUGGCUCCGAUUCGAACAUAUUCUCCCUCGUACGGGUGGAGAAGUAUCAUUUCAGCUAGAUCUCUGGUAUACAAAGGGCUUAUUAAAAGAGUUGGAUCAGGUGAGUCCAUUUCCAUUUGGACGGAUCCUUGGAUUCCGGCUCAAUUCCCGAGACCAGCUUUGAGUAAUGGGCCGGUUAUGGACCCAUCACUUCAGUUAACCCAAUUGAUUGAUCGUCAAAACAAUUCGUGGCGUCAAGAUUUACUUCAAGUACAUUUUGAUCCGUCAGAGGUAUCCAUAAUUAAUGCAAUCCCGGUAGGGAGUAAUCCGGGGGAGGAUUCAUUAGGUUGGCACUUUACAAAGAAUGGAAAGUAUACGGUUAAGUCGGGAUAUCAUAUAGCAAGAAUGGUGGAUCCUCUGUGCGCUAAAGUCGUCUUUGGACCAGAGCUCUCACCACUUUUUGCAAAGGUUUGGAAGGUACAAUGCCCACCCAAAAUAAGACAUUUUAUGUGGCAGGUGGUAUCGGGAUGUAUUUCGGUAGCAGCCAAUUUGCGGAGAAGGGGAAUCAAUAUUGAUCCUAGCUGUGUGCGAUGUGGUCAUCCAAUAGAAACGGCGAAUCACGCUGUUUUUGAGUGUCCUCCGGCUCGACAAUUGUGGGCCUUAGCUAAUAUUCCUAUGGGCCCAAAUUUAUUUCCGUCGGAUUCUGUAUAUGCAAAUAUGGCAUAUCUUUUGGGAUUUAACGAUCCUGUAGGUGAGGUAACUAGUUUCCCUUGGUUACUAUGGUACAGCUGGAAAGCUAGAAAUGCAAAAGUUUUUGAAAACAUAGAUGAAUGUCCUUUGGCGGUUAGUAGGAUAGGAAAGGAUGAGGCCAUGGCCUGGAAUCAGGCGCAAAUUGAGGAAUCCGACCGGGAUACAAUUACUAGUAGCAGAAAUAGGGGACCAAUUACAUUAGAAAGGGAUUUGCAACCUUGGGUGGAAGGAUAUUGUUGCUAUUUGGAUGGAUCAUGGAAGGCGACCGACCAGUUUGCAGGGUUAGGCUGGUAUUGUCAGCAGCCAGGGACGGACUCAGCACUAUUGGGGGCCCAAACUACAAGACGAAGUCUCUCUCCACUCCAUGCAGAGAUAGAAGCACUUGUAUGGGCAAUGAGAUGUAUGCUUGGUCAUGAUCUCAGUGACGUCAAGUUCUACACUGACUGUUCUGAUCUAGUGAAGAUGGUGUCUUCUCCUCAUGAAUGGCCGGCUUUCGCGACGUACUUGGAGGAUAUAAAAGUUGACAGGGAAGAAUUCACAUCUUUUUCUUUAUCUCUUAUAUCACGAAAUGCAAAUGUAAAAGCGGACUAUUUGGCACGCAAAGCUCGUGUCAGUUCGCACGUUGUUAAGUUUGUAAACAAUGUUCUAUCCGAUUGGCUCGUUUGA